AUGGCUCCAACACAAUUAGAGAUUAAAGUUAAAGCUUUAGAAAGAUUAGUAAAAGAAGAGAGUUAUUAUCAACAAGAGGCUAAGGAUCAAGCCGCUCAUGUUGAAAACCUGAAGAAUGACCCAAAGAUCGAUCCUUACGACUUGAAGAAGCAAGUGGAAGUCUUGGAAGACACUCAAAGAUUAUUACCUACGCUAUAUCAAAAGAUUCGCGAAUUUAAAGAUGACCUCUCUCAAUUUUUAGCAUCUUACAAGGGCAUAGAAAAAACAGAACCAGCCACCGCUGCUUUAGAGAGUGCAGAGACCCUUUUGGCUACAGUUGAACAAAAAUAG